AUGCCAGACCACUCCGCUGUAUACAUUGGCACAGCAUUUGUUGCUGGAGUCUGUUUGACUCUCGCAUGCAAAGAGGUACUCGAUUCACGCCGUCAUAAAAAAUCCCCAAGCUCAGAGCCACAAGCCAGUGCGCUUAUUGCUCGGUCAGGGCCCCCCGCAAUUGUAGAGGGCAUUGAAGGGUGCAUUGGGAAUACACCUCUUUUUAGGAUCAAAUCAUUGUCAGACGAAACCGGCUGUGAGAUCCUGGCCAAGGCAGAAUUUCUGAAUGGAGCUGGUCAAAGUUCCAAGGACCGUGUUGCGUUGAGCAUGAUUGAACUGGCAGAGGAAGAGGGUAUCUUGACGCCUUACGCAGGCGAUACAAUUUACGAGGGCACAUCAGGAUCAACCGGUAUAUCACUAGCAUCGUUGGCACGAGCAAAAGGAUAUUUGGCACAUAUCUGCAUGCCCUCAGACCAAGCGAUUGAGAAGUCCAAUCUUCUUUUGAAGCUGGGUGCAAUCGUAGACCGUGUGCCUCCAGCGCCAAUUGUCGAAAAAGAAAACUUUGUUAACCGUGCCCGAGCCCUAGCACUUGCUCACACGGCCUCAAGUGCCAUCUCAACUGAAGAAGGUGAAGUAGUACCUUCAGAGCGCAUGUCAAGAGGGCGCGGCUUCUUCGCAGACCAAUUCGAAAAUGAAGCCAACUGGCGCGCCCACUAUGGUGGCAGUGGUCCGGAAAUCUAUGUUCAAUGCAAUGGCAAGAUCGAUGCUUUCGUAGCAGGCGCUGGAACCGGUGGAACUAUCUCUGGCGUGGCUCGGUACCUGAAGCCCCUCUUACCAAAUAUCACUGUUGUCCUUGCGGAUCCACAGGGCAGUGGAUUAUACAACCGCGUUCGAUAUGGCGUGAUGUUUGAUCUGAAGGAGCGAGAGGGCACGCGCCGGAGACGUCAGGUUGAUACCAUUGUUGAGGGUAUCGGCAUCAAUCGUGUCACUGCCAACUUUGAAGUGGGUAAGGAGCUCGUCGAUGAUGCGGUCCGCGUUACAGAUGCACAGGCAUUAGCUAUGGCGCGCUGGCUUGUUGAAAAAGAUGGUAUCUUCGUUGGGAGCAGCAGUGCGGUCAAUUGCUUUGCGGCUGUGAAGACAGCGCAGAAACUUGGGCCUGGUCAUCGCAUCGUGACGAUGCUAUCAGACUCUGGUUCGCGACACCUGUCUAGAUUCUGGGCUAAGGCUGGCGACGUUGGUGGUGCGGUUGAUACCAAGCUUACUGAUGUCCUAAAUGCCCGGGAUGAAGAUUUCCAAUAG